UCAAACCCAUUUACCGAGGUUUUGACAAAAAUGAAUGAGAAAGAACAGCUCCAUGGGCUGAACGACCGUUUCGCCGGAUUCAUAGAGAAGGUGCGUCAAUUGGAGCAUGAAAAUGAAUUGUUUGAGAGGGAAAUCGAGGAAAUCAAACUAAAGGCACAGUCCCCUGCGUCUCUGGCCCAGGAGCACGAGCCGGAGCUUAUGGACCUGAGGAACCUAGUUCAUGACAUCACCCUUCAGAAGCGUCAGAUCGAGAUAGAGCAUCAGAACCUGGAGGAAGAUUUCCUCACCUUGAGAGACAAGUAUGAGCAGGAGGCACGUGACCGCUCGAACGCAGAGAACGGCAUCCUUGUGCUGAAAAAGGACGCCAACGAUGCAUACCUCGCCAAAAUUCAGUUGGACAAGAAAGCGCAGUCUCUGGUGGACAAGAUCCACUUCCUGAAGAAGAACCAUGAGGACGAGGUAUCAGAAAUGGUGGCCCAGAUCCAAGAGGCUCAAGUAACGGUAAAGGCGCACGACUUUGGCAAACCUGACAUCACAGAGGCUCUCCGGGACAUCCGUGUGCAGUUAGAAGGUCACGCCACCUCCGACUUUCAGCAAGCCGAGGAGGGCUUCCGUGUCCAGUUCACAAAGUUAACCAAAGCGGCAGAAAGUAACAGAGAGGCGUUGAAGGCAACCCAACAGGAGAUCCAGGAGAAUAGAAGGCACCUGCAGGGGAAAACAAUUGAACUGGACUGUGGGAAAGGAAUGAGAGAGGCCCUGGAAAAACAACUACAAGAGCUGGAGGAGCGUCACUAUGCGGAAAUGAUUCAUUACCAGGUAGACUGGUUUAUUUUGUACCUCUAACAAUUGUAAGUAAACAUCCACAUGUUUAUGACUCAUAUUUGUAUUCAGGGCUAUGUACUAGGUGUAGGCCACAAAUAUAGGCCCCAUGUGAACUGUAUCAUUAUUGGAAUAUAAUUUCCUCAUAUUGGCCUAUAGGGGUAGAACACUAUUUCCCCCCUUAAAUCUCUCCUUGUUGUCAUACCAGACAAAGUGGCUGGUUGACCCUAUUACUGACUCUUUGUGUGUGCUUUUCUGUCCAGGACACUAUCAGGCAGCUGGAGAAUGAGCUGACCAAUGCUAAACUAAACAUG